AUGUCAUCAUCCACAAUUUCUCUAGCAUCGCAGCUCCCAUUGGACGUGCUUCGGAUUAUAUUCAAUUAUAUACGAAAAGCCGGCAAAAAUCCCGACAUGUAUGAUCGGGACACCCGUAGAUACCUACACGCCUGUUUAUUGGUCAACAGGCAGUGGUGUCAAGCCGCAGUGCCCAUACUCUGGCGAAAUAGUUUUUAUUUUUGUAGGGAAGGCAACGCAAAAUUAAUAGAGACCUAUAUCUCUUGCUUCAAUUCCACCGAGCGAAAAGCUUUACUCUCGGCAGGCGUAAUGCUUCCCAAGUCACGUUAUCCGAGUCCGGCGUUCCCUUACGCAGCAAUGCUGAAACGAUUGGACUAUGAUAGAUUCUGUAAUUCCGUUGACACGUGGUGUAACGAGACGGUUCAAGAGCCUUAUAAUGCUAUAGUGUUGAUUAUGCGUGCACUGUUUCGCUUGUUUUUGACGCGAUCGGUGAUAUUGUUGCACUUGGUGUUGGGUGAAUGGGUAGAUCGAACCUCCACGGAUCUAAAGUACAGGAGGAUUAUUGAAGAAGAGUUUCAAGAUUUAUUGCAGUCGGUAAAAAAAUUGAAGGUUCAGGGUGAUUUUGUGAAGGAUUGUAUUCUCAAGGGAUUGCGUCAUCCCUGCAAGCAUUUGGACAAAUUGUUCGUCUAUUUAGCAAAUACGCCUCAGAACUAUAGCUAUAACGAUGAACUGAUUUCAUUACGCGAGCUGCUGAGGUCACAGAGUCACCUUAAAUCGUUAAAGCUCGGAAACAUACAUCCGGCCUCUUUAUUUCCCACCCUUUCAACACAGUCAACCUCGUUGACCAGCAUUCACCUGUGGGGAUGCACAUUCGACGACGAUGUCCCGUGGUCAAAUAUAAUCCGAUGCACGAAUCUUGAAAAAUUAAAGUUUCGAGAUUGUACGGGCAUUAGUGAACGAAUGAUCAAUGAAUUGGUCACAGCGGUAUUUCCCAAGUUGAGAUUGUUGGCCAUGGUUGGAGAGUGUAAAACCACAUGCGGAGAUUACGUUACCAAAGAAUGGUGUGACGUGUUGAUUGAAUGGGGAAUUGAGCAAGGUGCGUUGGUCGCAAUUGGAAUUUGGGAUUUCGCCGAUGCGUGGGUGAAAUUUGGGACGAACAUUUACGGCCACAUGAUUGUUCAAAUACAGCAUUUUACGGGCAUUUCCCUGAGAUUUUUCACGAGACUGAUCGUGAAUCUCGAUGAUUUCGUUCGAGG